AAUAAAAAUAACUUCGACUUUCAUUUUUCUGCUGUUGCUUCUUAAAAGUUUGUUUUUGUAAUCAAAUCAAAUGGCAGGUGAAAGUGAAGAGAAUAGUUUACAGACUUUCUCUCCCAAAAAUGAGAGUAGUACAACGAGUCAAGUUAAUCUUCAUGCACUCAGACAACGAGUGCGAAAGUAUAUUGAAAUGCAUCUGUAUCAAGCGGCAAUUUUUUGGGCUGAUAAAGUAGCGUCACUGUCAAAUGAUGAAGCCAAUGAUAUAUUUUGGCUUGCACAAAGCUUAUAUUACAGUGGGCAGUACCACAGAGCUGCCAUUUGUAUCAAAUCUAGGACUUUACACAAGACUGAUGUAGAGUGCCGGUAUUUAGCUGCUAAAUGUCAUUUUGCAGGCAAAGAAUAUAAGGAAGCAUUAGAUGUUCUUAAUGUGGCAUUAGAUGACAAUAUUAUGAGCAAGUCAGAAGAUGAGAAUUUAGUGUCUGACUCAAAUGAUGCAAACCUUAGUAGUGCCAUUUUGCUGUUAAAAGGUCAAAUCUAUGAGGCAAUGGAUAAUAGGAAUCUUGCUUCUGAAUGUUUUAAAGAUGCUCUACAGCUUGACGUCUUUUGUUAUGAUGCUUUUGAUUCUCUAGUCCAACAUCAAAUGUUAACAAAAGAUGAAGAAAUUGAACUUAUGAAUUCACUGCCAUUUGAUGCUCAAUGUCCAGAAGAUGAGCCUAAUAUUACAAAAUUUUUGUAUGAAACGCAGUUGAAAAAGUAUGAUAAACCUAAUGAAAUGGUUAUUCCAGCCGAAUUAACACUUCUCGCUAGUAAUCUUGAUGUUGGUACAGCAUUAGCUGAAAAGUAUUAUUAUAACUGUGAUUACGAGCAGUGCUUCACUAUAACAACCUCUAUUUUAAACAAAGAUCCCUUCCAUUUGCAAUGUUUACCUAUUCAUAUAUCCUGCUUGAUGGAAUUGGAAAAGACAAAUGCUCUCUUUUAUCUGGCACAUAAACUGGUAGAUCUUUACCCUGAAAGUGCUGUUGCUUGGUAUGCAGUAGGAUGUUAUUAUUUUCAAAUAUCUAAAACAGAUGCUGCUCGACGAUAUUUAAGCAAAGCUACAACAUUAGAUAGAUUUUAUGGUCCUGCAUGGCUUAUGUAUGGACAUUCGUUUGCUGUUGAGAAUGAACAUGAUCAAGCAAUGGCUGCCUAUUGUCGAGCAUCUCAGUUAAUGAAAGGGUGUCAUCUUCCAUUGUUAUACAUAGGGCUAGAAUAUGGUUUAUCAAACAACAUAAGAUUAGCUGAAAGAUUUUUCUCCCAAGCUCAGAAUAUAGCACCUGGGGAUCCAUUUGUUUUACAUGAACUAGGAGUUGUUGAAUAUCAAAAUGGAAACUAUUCAAAUUCAUUACAUUAUUUUCAAAAUUCUCUAUUGAGGCUUGAAAAAAGUGGCCAGUCAAUUCUUCCAGAAAAAUGGGAAGGACUAUUAAACAAUUUAGGACAUGUUUGCAGAAAACUUAAAAUGUAUGAAGAGGCACUUAGUUAUCAUGAGCAAGCUUUAAUACUUAUACCUCAAAAUCCAUCCACUUAUGCUGCAAUUGGAUUUGUACAUAGUUUAACUUCACACUGGGCAGAAGCAGUUGAAUAUUUCCAUAAAGCCCUAGGAUUACAACGAGAUGAUGUCUUUUCUAACACAAUGUUGUCUUCUGUGAUAGAACAGCUUGUAAAGGAAACUUCCCCUUGUAUAGAUACCCCUGAUGAGCUUCUUGAAUAUCCUUUCCCAUCAGAUGUCUCUUCAGAUACAUGCAAUCCUGGUGAAGAGACUAGUGAUAUAAUGACUGAAAUAAUCACUGAUGAUAUUCCAUUGAGUGACCAUACUCAUCAUACAAAUAUUUCUAUGGAUGUCGAAAUGGAAGGUGUUGAAUAGUUCAUUUUUUACCUAAAUGUAUUUUAUGUGUUCACAAUUUAUUAAUUUAUAUAAAUGCGCCAAAAUAAAUGUUAUCUUUUUA